AUGUGCUCCCGGGGUUCCUGCCACAGCCACGAGACCUCCUGCCACGAGUCCCGCUCGUCCUGCCACGACUCGGGGCCCUCCUGCCACUACACCAUCCAGAGGCAGCCGGUGCAGAAGUUCGGCUACGUGACCCCCUGUUACCCCCCCGUGGGGUCCUAUUGCCCCCCCGUGGGGUCUUAUUGCCCCCCCGUGCAGCGUUAUUGCCCCCCGGCCCCCUACUGCCCCCAGUACACCAAGAACAUCUGCAAGAUGCCACCCGCAUACCCCAAGUAUUAA